AUGACUUCUGAACCAAACAAGACCUCCGGCCAAUUCCACUCCGUGAAGGGUAACGUCGUUGAAACCGUCGGCAACCUCACCGGUGCCGAGUCCUGGCAAACCAGUGGCAAGGAGGAACACGCCCAAGGAGAGGCCGAGUACGACGCUGCUCGUGCCAAGGGCUAUGCCGAAGGCACAAAGGACCGUGCCGGAGGAUACAAAGACUCCGUCGUUGGUGCCGUGACUGGCGACAAGUCCCAACAAGCACACGGCAAUGCACGAAAUGAUAAAGGACAAGCCCAACAAGACAUCAAUCGUAAUGCAUAG